AUGAGCGCGGCGCAGCAGGAGCCCAAGCCCGUGGGCACAGUCUUGACGAACCCGCGGCAGGGCGUCAAGAACAACGGGCUGGACAAUGAGCAGGCCGAUCUCAUCAUCACCGUGGGCGACGUCUUCGUGUCCUCGUCCUCGGGGAACCGCUACGUCGUCGCGGACAUGCUCGGGAGCGGCACCUUCGGGCAAGUGGCCAAAUGCACCUGUGCUGAGACCGGGCGCGCGCACGCCGUCAAGGUCAUCAAGAACCUCCCGGCCUACUACCACCAAGCCCGCGUCGAAAUCGGCGUCCUCCAGCUCCUCAACCAGCGGUUCGACCCCCACGACAGGCACAACCUCGUGCGCAUGGAGGAGUUCUUCGUGCACGAACGCCACCUCUGUAUCGUGUUCGAGCUCCUCUCCCUGAACCUCUACGAGCUCAUCCGCCACAACCAGUUCCGCGGCCUCUCCAUCAACCUGCUGCGCGUCUUCCUGCGACAGGUCCUCGACGCGCUGAGCGUCAUCCGCGAGGCCCGGAUCAUCCACUGCGACCUGAAGCCGGAGAACAUACUCCUGCGGUCUCUUGACUCGGGGAGCAUCAAACUGAUCGACUUCGGCAGCGCGUGCUUCGAGAACCGCACGGUGUACUCGUACAUCCAGAGCCGCUUCUACCGCUCCCCGGAGGUCGUCCUCCGCCACCGCUACACCGCCGCGAUCGACGUGUGGUCGCUGGGGUGCGUGGCGGCGGAGCUCUUCCUCGGCCUCCCGCUCUUCCCGGGCGCCUCCGAGCACGACCUCAUGGUCCGCAUCGUCGAGAUGCUCGGGUGCCCGCCCGACGCGAUGCUGCGGCAGGCCAAGGCCACCUCGAAGUUCUUCAAACGCGCCGUGCCGACGUCGCACUCGGACCCCGCGCCCGCCUGGGUCCUGCUCACGCGCGAGGAGUCCGAGCUCGCGCAGGGGCAGGCGUGCCCCGCCGGGAAGCGCUACUUCAAGCACCGGUACCUCAAGGACAUCAUUGCGUCGUACCCGUACAAGUCCUCCCUGACGCAGGAGGAGGUCGCGCGGGAGCGCCAGCAGCGCGAGGCCUUCCACGACCUCCUCCUCGGGCUCCUGCAGCUCGACCCGGCCAAGCGCUGGACGCCGUGGCAGGCGUUGCAGCACCCGUUCGUGCACGCGCAGCCGCUGCCCGCGGGCGGGCGCUGGACGCCGCCGCCGGACCCGGCGGUCGCUGCGGCGGCCGCGCAGAACCCUGUGCCCGAACGCGCGCCCGCGGACCCACGGAGCGCGGUGGCGAUGGCGCCCGCGGCCGGCUCGAGCGUGCCCACGUCGAGCGCCGCGGCGGCCAUGUCCUGGCCGGGGCCGAUGGCGGCCGGCUUGCUCGCCGGCGAAGCGCAGCAGGUUGCGGCGUCGCAGGCCGCUGCGCAGGCGCAGCCGGCGGCCCAGCAGCCGGCUCCGCAAGCGCAGCAGCAGCAGCAGCAGCCCUCGCAGGUGGUGCACGGGUUCGACACGCGCGUCCCCGCGACGGCGCCGGUGCCGAUGCCGGCGCAGGCGCAGACAGCGAUGCCGCCUGGUAUCAACCGCGUCGCGACCGGCGACCUGGCGUUCAGUCUGCCGGCGGGCCAGGGCAUGCACCAGCAACUGAUGGCGACGCACGGCCCCGUGACGGCGCCGAUGGGCAUCCAGGCGCAGCAGCCGCCCGGGCUGAUGGCUGCGGCGGUCAGCGCGCCGAUGCCGGGCACGAGCGUCGGCACGCAGCAGGCGCUGCACGCGUCCGCGUUCGGUGCGCUGUCGUCAACACCGUCGCACCCACAGCACAUCGCGUCGCCCAUCAACGCCGCGGGCGCCGCGGCGAUGGCGGCCGUCGCGGCGGGCGGCACGAACCUCCUCCACUCGCGCACCAUCUCCGGCGUGGCGGACGCCGUCAACCAGGGCCAUCCAACGAUCGGCUCGUACCAGCAGGCGGCGAUGGCGGCCGCCGCGAGCGCGGGCUUCGCGGCCGCGACGGGCCUGCAGACCACGCAGGGCUUCCCCGUCGUCAGCGCGCCGAACGCGUCGCUCUACGUCGCGAUGUCGCGCGGGCAGCCCAUCGACGCUGCCGAGGCCGCCAGCGCGUGGGCCGCCACCAACGGCGGCGCCGGCGCGCGCGGCGCGGAGCCCGUGCGGGCGUCGAGCGUGUCGAACCGCGAGCAGCAGCCGCGCACGUCGAUGGACAUCACGCCGCGGCCGGAGGACCAGGUGGGCAGUCCCGGGGAUUGGAACCCGCUGUGGAGCGAGGACCAGCUCCUGGAGGACGCGAGCAGCCAGCGGAGCGUGAGCAGGGGGUCGUCGAUGCAGGGCGCGAGCGGGGCCGCCCACGGGGGCAGUCCAACGGGCGCGGGCGUGGCGCAGGCCUCGCCGCCGGAGGGCGCGGGCGGCGGCGGGCCGUCGCGGCUGGCGCGGGUGUCGGGGCGGCCGACGGUGCGGUCGCGGGACAGCCCGCUGCCGAACAUCGAGGAGACGGCGAUGGAGGGCGAGGCGGGUGCGGCGCGCGGGGAGGCGCCGGGGACGUACGAGUACCCACGGCACAUUGACCAGGCGCAGCAGCGGCGCACGGGCGGGGACGACGACGCGAUGGACGAGGACGGGAAGUGA